UUUUUUCACUACUGUAUUUAAAUAAGUAAGGUUCGGCUGUUCCUUGUUUGACUAGUUAAAUAACUGUCUCACAGCAUUCCAACAGUAACAGCAACCUUCACCACCAUACCAGAUGCCACAGGAGGAGGUACCUUACCUUGGGUGUUUGCCAUCCCACCAACCACAAAACCACAUAAAUCAAAAAAAUAUUGAAAAAUAACAAAAAAGCACCAAGUUUAAAUACUGAAAACGCCAUGCCUUCUACGGAUCUGAAAAAGUCUGCUGAGACCGUUGCUGAGGUGGAGGGAAAGCCCACGUCCAACCCUACUGCCGCCAACGAAGUUAAUAACAGCUCGAAGACGGACGCUGCUGCUGCUGCUCCUAGUGAGGAGACAAAGGAUUCCUCUGAGAGUGCAUCCAACAAGACGAAGAGCGAGAAUGGUAACACUUCCACAAGUGCUUCCCUUUACAUUGGUGAGUUGGAUCCUAUGGUGACGGAGGCUAUGCUUUUUGAGCUUUUCAACAGUAUUGGACCCGUUGCAAGCAUUCGUGUUUGCCGUGAUGCUGUAACACGCCGCUCCUUAGGCUACGCCUAUGUUAACUUCCAUAACAUGGAAGAUGGCGAAAAGGCUUUGGAUGAGUUGAACUACACGCUCAUCAAGGGACGUCCGUGCCGCAUUAUGUGGUCUCAACGUGACCCUUCGUUGCGUAAGAUGGGCACUGGCAAUGUUUUCAUCAAGAACUUGGAUCCUGCAAUUGAUAACAAGGCUCUUCAUGACACUUUCUCUGCUUUCGGUAAGAUCUUGUCGUGCAAGGUUGCUGUUGACGAGCUUGGAAACUCAAAGGGAUACGGCUUUGUUCAUUUUGACAGUGUCGACUCUGCCAACGCUGCCAUUGAACAUGUCAACGGUAUGCUUUUGAACGACAAGAAGGUUUACGUCGGCCACCAUAUUAGCCGCCGUGAUCGUCAAUCCAAGUUUGAGGCCCUUAAAGCCAACUUCACCAAUGUUUACGUGAAGAAUUUGGAUCUCGACACUACUGAGGAGGAGUUCACCAAGUUGUUCGAGAAAUAUGGCAAGAUCACCUCGUUGUCCCUUGCUAAGGAUAACGCUGGAAAAUUCCGUGGUUUUGCUUUUGUCAAUUUUGCUACUCAUGACAGCGCUCAACAGGCUGUGGAUGAGCUCAACGACUUUGAGUACAAGGGCAAGAAGCUCUACGUUGGUCGUGCACAAAAGAAGCAUGAGCGGCAAGAGGAGUUGCGCAAGCAAUAUGAACAGAUGAAGCUCGAAAAGAUUAACAAGUACCAGGGUGUGAAUCUUUUCGUCAAGAACCUCCAAGACGAGAUUGACGAUGAACGCCUAAAGUCUGAGUUUAGUGCUUUCGGUACCAUUACGUCUGCUAAGGUCAUGACUGAUGAGAACAACAAGUCUAAGGGUUUCGGUUUUGUUUGCUAUUCUAACCCUGAGGAGGCUACGAAGGCUAUUGCUGAGAUGAACCAACGUAUGCUAGCAGGUAAGCCUCUCUAUGUUGCUCUUGCUCAACGCAAGGAGGUUCGUCGCAGCCAAUUGGAGGCCCAAAUCCAAGCCCGCAACCAAUUCCGCUUGCAACAACAGGUUGCUGCUGCUGCCGGUAUUCCUGCCGCCGCCGUUCAAUAUGGCGCUGCUCCUAUCGUGUUCGGUCCUGGUGGUUAUCCCAUGCCCCCCGUUAAUGCUCGUGGCAUGCCCAUCGUUCCUGGACAACCUGGUGCAAUCCCUAUGUAUUCUGGCAUGCCCCAAUACGGUGCACCCGGUGCUUAUCCUGGUGUUGCACCUGCCGAGGUACCUGCCGUUGAAGGCGACAAGCCUGCUGACGCUCCUACUGAGGCUGCUUUGCCCGCUCGUUUAACUGCCGAGGAUUUGGCUCGUGCUCCUGAGGAAAAUAGAAAGCAAAUGAUCGGUGAGUUCUUGUACCCCAAGGUCUAUGUCCGUGAGGAGGAACUUGCCGGUAAGAUCACUGGAAUGCUUUUGGAAAUGGACAAUUCCGAGCUUUUGGAGCUUCUCGAGAAUGACGGUAUGUUGAACGAGAAGGUCGACGAGGCUUUGGCUGUCUUGCGUGAGUACGCUGCAAAGGAAGCCCAGUAAAUAUUCUGAAACUGGUUUAAAGAUCGUUUGUGCUUCCUAGCUUUCUAUUGGUGUGAAACAUUGCAGCAGAAUUCAAGCCGAAUUUCUUGCUUAUUUCGCAUCAGUUUGCAAGCUUAUCAAGCGCUACAUACUCAGUAUAUCAUUAUUCGUAUGCUGCAUCACCGAUUCCUGAUUUCUUUGCCAGCUUUCUUGUUUUGUUUUCUACUGUUGUGCUGACAUCUUGUUAUUUUCGUUAUUUUUCAUAUGCUCUUUUUUGGUUUUAAAGCUGGAAGGCAGGCAGUGGUCCGGAUGCUCAAUUGUGAGCAGUUGGGGCGUUAGAGAUAGUUUUUACGUAGCGACUGCAGCCAGGCUUUAGUUCCUCAGGCCAUUCGGCUGACCAUACCAACUCGUCUACAUCCAUAUGGCGCAGAAGGGGGAUAAUGUUUUCCAUACGAUUGCACCUGAGCACUCUGGACGGAUGUUCCACCAAUUUCUCCAGCACCGGCUGCAGCUUUAGCAUUUCAGGGGACAUUAAGUAAAUGAGAAACAGCGCCGACUUGUCGUAGCAUUUUUCAAUAGUACUAAGACGUGAAUUCUGUUCAUAAGA